AUGCAGUACAUUCUCGUCGCCUCUCUCCUCACCUCCGCUGUUUACGCUGCUCCUUACGCUCAGGUCCAGCAGCAGAACCCCAACGCCCAGCCGGCAACCACCCCCAACAACCCCACCGGUCAGGGUGCGGGUAUCGCCAACGGUCAAACCCCUACCGCCGGCGAUCUCGCAACUGCCGUCUCCAACUGGAUGGCCGACACCUCCAUGGUCUCCAACUUCCUCAACAACGGUGCCAGCAUCCAGAACAACGUCCAGUUCAAGCAGGCCGCUACUGUUGCCUACAACGCCGAGGUUGACGAGCUCAACCAGAAGGCCGUCAUCGACGCUGCCAACAGCGCUGACCCCAACGUCAUUGCUGCCAACAGCACUCUCGCCACUGGCGGUGCUUUCCAGGAUGUCGUCGACAAGCUCCAGCAAAUGUCCAUCCAGGGUAUGGCUGCCGCUGGCAACAUCGACCUGAUCAACCAGAACCGCUGUGUCAACGUUCUCCCCAACAUCGAUGCCUACAUGGCCUCCACCGGCUCUUCCAGCCAGGCUGUCCGCCCUACCGCAUGCAACCAGACUGGUGUCAUCAACGGUGUCCAGGGAGCUGGUCCUACCCAGCCCGGCCAGCCUGCAGGUAGCCCUGCAGCUGCUUUCGCUGCUGCCCAGGCUCUUGCCCAGGGAACUGGUAACGGUCAAGUCCAGAACGGUGCCACUCCUGGUGCCGCUGGACAGGCUGCUCAGGGACAGACUGCUCAAGGACAGGCUGGUGCCCAGGGCCAGGCUGCUCAAGGACAGGCUGGCGCUCAAGGACAGGCUGGCGCUCAGGGCCAAGCCGGUGCUCAGGGCCAAGCUGGUGCUCAAGGACAAGCUGGCGCUCAGGGCCAGGCCGCUAACGGUGCCGCCGCUGGCGCUGCUGCCGGUGGCCGCCAGGGCCGUAACUAA